AUUUCCCCCCACCCACCAUCAGUACGCCGCGCAACUCCACAGCCACUCGCCCCCGCUCCGCUCCACUCCCCAAUCGAGCAAGGCCGAAGCCCUAGCUCGCCGCCGGCGGCCGCCAUUCCCCCCUCCCCCGCACGAGCCGAGCGACGCGCGCGGCCUCCGCCCACCCCCUCCGGCGAUGUCCCGGCGGCGGCCGAGGGGCGGGACGCAGCGGAUGGACGCCGCGAUCGACCACUUCGCCAUCAUGGGCUACCGCAAGGCCGACGUCCGCAGCGUCGUCAACCGGCUGCUCAGGGAUGUGUAUGGGAGGGAUGGGUGGCCGUUCCUGGAGGACAGCUGCUACUCCGUCGUGCAGGACGCGCUCUUCGAGAUGCAGGAGGAGCAGGACAAGCUGCAGCUGCAGGCCGUGCAGCAGCCGCAGGAGGAGGAUGGGGAUGCGGAUGGGGAUGACGGUGGUGGUGAUGAUGAUGAUGAUGAGGAAGCUCAGCAACUGGAAGCAGCAAUGAUGGACCCACCUUCAGAAAAUGCCAUGCCCAUUGUGAUGGUUGACAGUGAGGCACAACCUUCUGAGACUGUGUUAGCCGUUGAGCAAACAGGGGAAGUGAUCCCCAUGAUCAUGGACCCACCUGCUCGCACAGCUGGGCCGCCACAUCCGGCAUCUACAGGAACUGGUCGCACAAGGCGUCCCUGCUAUGGAUGGAUCUCUGAGUCUGAGAGUGACUCGGACUACGAAGAAUAUGUUGCACGUCGACAGAAGCAGGUGCAUGUCCCGGCCAAGUAGAUGGGUGCAAGUGAAGCCACUUAACAGAGAGGGGGCUGAUCCACGGCGAAAGGAAGCAGGAGAACUGGACUAAUUUAGAGCAUUAAUAUAUUGCUAGUACUAUAUUGUUAGCAUGACGAACUGGAGGUGUGUCUCCGUCGGAUCUCACGGGAUUCAGUCGGUGUUGGUCUUUGGUGGAUCUGUUUGGAUCCAGUCUUUGUUCGUCUUGGUUUGGGUGUUUACAAGUUUGAUACUUUCGAUCUACAACUUUAUUCAUCGAUGAUGGUUGCUGCUC